UUGGUCACCGCCCUUCCCAGGCAGGCGAAGAAGGCCGUGGUGAUCGAUUCCGCGGCUGAGGGAGGAGGAGGAGGAGGGGGAACAGGGAGCAGUAGCGGAGAAAAUGGCGGCCGUGGCUGCGACUGCGGCGGCGUUGGGGCCGGGUGAGGGGCCCGCCGGCGAGGCCGAGCCCACCCCGGGCAGCGAGGCCGGCGCAGACCCGCUCCCGGCCGGCAGCCAGGCCGCGGUGGAGCCGGCGGCGCCCGAGGCCAGGGAGGAGCCCGAGCCGGCGCCCGGGGGAGCGCCCCAGGAGGAGCCGCCCGCGCCCACGCCGCCCAGCAGCCCCGCCGACGCCGCACAGGCUGCCACGCAGGCCCCGCGCAGCCCCCGGGGCCUCUCCCCGCCGCCUCAGGCCGCAGAGGAGGAGCCGCCCUCGCCCUCGCCGGCUGAGGGCCCCUCGGAGCCCAGGGAGGAGCCGCCCCGGCCGGAGGAGGAGGAGCCGCCGGAUGCUGCUGCUGUUGCCGCCGAGACGCCGCCGCCGGAGGAAGAGGAGGAGGAAGGGCAGGACGCGAUCCCGGCGCCUGCGAGGCCCGAGGGAAGAGGCGACGACGAGGAGGAGGAGGAGGAGGGGGCCGCGGAGGCGUCGUCGCUGCUGGUGCCGGGCUCGGAGGUGCGGGUCACCCUGGACCACAUCAUCGAGGACGCGCUGGUGGUCUCCUUCCGCUUCGGGGAGAAGCUCUUCUCCGGGGUCCUCAUGGACCUCUCCAAAAGGUUUGGACCCCAUGGAAUCCCUGUGACCAUAUUUCCCAAAAGGGAGUACAAGGAUAAACCUGAAGCCAUGCAGCUUCAGAGUAAACCAUUCCAAGACGAGACGCCAGUGAAGUGUGAAGCCAAUGGUGUCGUCACAGACUCUUCUCCCACACAGCCAUCAGAACCCAGCCUGGCUAAAAGCCUAUGGACUUCCAAGCCACCUCCCCUCUUCCAUGAAGGAGCGCCGUAUCCUCCUCCUUUGUUUAUCAGGGACACAUAUAACCAGUCAAUACCUCAGCCUCCGCCUCGGAAAAUUAAAAGACCCAAGCGGAAAAUGUACAGGGAGGAACCCACUUCUAUUAUGAAUGCUAUCAAGCUACGACCCAGACAGGUCUUAUGUGACAAAUGUAAGAACAGCAUUGUUGCAGAAAAAAAGGAAAUUAAGAAGGGCAGCAAUGCAAGUGACUCCCCAAGGUAUGAGGAUAGUAGAAAGCGAAGAAACGAAAGCAUAACUACUGUGAAUAAAAAAAUUAAAACUGAUCAUAAAGUUGACGGGAAAAGCCAAAAUGAAAGCCAGAAAAAAAAUUCUGUGGUCAAAGUGGCAAAUAUUGCCCACAGCAGAAGCAAAGUAGUUAAAGUCCCCACUCAAGCAAAUACAUCAAAAACACAGUUAAACACUAAAAAGGUUCUCCAGAGUAAAAACAUGGAUCAUGCAAAAGCUCGAGAAGUGUUGAAAAUAGCCAAAGAGAAGGCACAAAAGAAACAGAGUGCAACCUCUACUUCCAAAAAUGCACAUUCAAAGGUCCACUUCACGCGGCGUCUUCAAAACACCAGCUCAGGUUCCCUGCCCCCUCGGUUGCGCCUGAAGCCCCAAAGGUACCGAAAUGAAGAAAACGACUCUUCUCUCAAGACAGGGCUUGAGAAGAUGCAGAGUGGCAAGAUGCCAGCUAAGCCCCAGUCUCGCUGCUCCUCUACCCGCUCAGCAGGUGAGGCCCCUUCAGAAAACCAGAGCCCCUCAGAAGGCCCUGAAGAGGCCCACAGUGAGGUUCAGGACACCAGUGAAGUGCAUGUACCUGUUGAUCAGGAUGAACAGCAGAUCCUGGGCAAGAGAGGCAGCAAAAGCAAUAUAACGGUUUACAUGACCCUUAAUAAAACGAAAUCUGACUCUUCCAGUGCAUCAGUUUGUAGUAGUGAUAGCACAGAUGACUUGAAGUCCACCAACUCUGAGUGUAGCACUACUGAAAGUUUUGAUUUUCCUCCAGGCAGCAUGCAUGCACCUUCUUCCUCUUCCUCCUCCUCCUCGUCCUCUUCAAAGGAAGAGAAAAAGCUCAGUAAUUCCUUGAAAAUGAAAGUCUUUUCAAAAAAUGUCUCUAAAUGUGUCACACCAGAUGGCAGGACCAUAUGUGUAGGAGACAUUGUUUGGGCCAAGAUCUAUGGCUUCCCAUGGUGGCCAGCCCGUAUUCUUACUAUAACUGUGAGCCGGAAAGAUAACGGCCUUUUAGUCCGACAGGAGGCUCGUAUUUCAUGGUUUGGGUCCCCAACAACAUCUUUCCUUGCUCUUUCACAGCUCUCCCCUUUUUUAGAAAACUUUCAGUCGCGAUUUAAUAAGAAGAGAAAAGGUCUUUACCGCAAGGCCAUUACAGAAGCAGCCAAAGCUGCUAAGCAGCUAACUCCUGAAGUUCGGGCCCUGCUGACACAGUUUGAAACAUGAACAUGAGAAGUAAGCUCAGAGACAUUAGUUAGUUGCCAUAUUUGAAAUUCUCGACAUUGGCAUGAAAAGGAUCUGCUCACCAGAAGCAACAUGGAACUUUGUUUUCCUCUAAAAUGUAGGUAAUUGUGUACACUGGGAGGACUUUAUCAAAAUAAACCCAGCUCUUUUCCAGAACAUGUAUACCUAUUGUAAAUUCACUUUGGAAGCUGAGAUGUCAAAACAUAUUUUAUAAACUUUUUUGCAAUAAAUAAGGCAUGAGCCAAGGAGCCUGUUGAAAAAUGAACAUGCAAGGAACCACUUGAAUUACUAGUAUGAAGACUCACAAACUAUAUUCAUACUCUUCAAAUGUGAUUGCGUAAAUAGGCCCCGAGAUGGAGUCAAGACACCUGGAAAGUUGGCUGUAAACUUCUGAACAUUUACUUUUGUUCUUAGCAUAGGUUGUGUUUUACAUCUUAACACACCUUAGUCUUUAGUGCUGGUGUUAGCAGAGCUGUAACCUUCUUACUGGAAGCAUUUCCAAAUGCAGCUGUGGUAACAAGGACUGAUAGGCCUGUUCGGAGACCAAGGUUUCCACAGAGAUAGUGGCAAUAGUGAAUUCUAUAUAACGUCUGUGGUUAUAAAACAAAGACCCUCCCAUGUGAAGACUGUUUCUUUGAGAGCACGAAUAUAGAAUAUUUUGUAAAAUAUAGUGGAAGAGUCUGGAAUCAUUGCACAGGAAUUGCAUUUGCUUGUGAAUAACAGUAUCCACUGUAAAGAGCAGGGUUUGCUAAAAUGGGAUUCUAACAGAUAUCUAAAGUCAUGACAUUCUCUUUCAAGCACAGUGAUAUUGCACAUUACGUUGUCAUGACUUUGUCAUAAUUAACCUGUUCCACUUGGAUGUACAUACAAUCAGUUUCAGCUUGGUGAGAUUUUAGUACAGUAUUUCCAAGGUUAAGAUGGUUUACAUUGACCCAAAGCCCUAGUCUCCCAUCAAAGAAGUAUCCAAUCUUUUGGACUUCAGUAUUUAUUUGUGAAAUGGUUCUGCAUUUCAAGGGGAUACCUGACUUUCAGGAUUAAGCACCCACUGUCAAUAGUCUUCUAAUCUUAAUUUCAAGGUAGGCACACUUCCCUAAUUUGCAUUUAAUUUUCUCAACAUCAGGGCAGGAUUCACCAGUUAGAUAGGACAGGGUGAUAUGUCAAAAUGAAUGCACAAUCCAAAGAUGGAUGCAAAUAUCAAGAUAUUAUGAAAAUACAAGGAUGCCUUCUAAGCACAGACUAGUCAAUCUUGCACGGCAUUAGGAUACCUGUUGCCAGGUUAACAGAAAAGUUACCAAAGUUACCUGUACCAGCCAACUACAAAUUGAAGUGUAGGCUUUGUAAUUUCGAUGGAUAUUGUUGCAAUCGGGAGUUUCCCUUGGCUUUAUUUGGCAACAGAUGUAUAUUUUUAAAUAGCAUUCUAAACCCAGGAAGUAUAUAUUAUGAGUAUAUUACAAUACAGUUCUAUAUUAAAGAUUUCGUAAGAGUCUGUGAAAAUGUGUAAAAAAUAUUUAUAAAGAGGCCACGUAACUUUUAAAAAAUUACCUGCCUUCGAGAUGAUGUUACAGUAGUAAGUUCAACUGUGCCACUUUUCAUAAGAAACUAUAGAUGACUUAAAAGGAUCACAAACAAUUUCUUUGCAGUAUUUCUACUGCAGUCAAAGCAAGAGAGCAUUUCCCCACAAGUUGUGACUGAGUCAGAUUAGAAAUCAAUCGGGGAAAGAGGACAAACGAUAUGGCAGUGAAUAGGCAGUUUAGUUUGCCUCUAGAAACAAAAUGCUGCUUUAGACCAUCCUUUAUCUAAAACGGAAUGUCUCUUCACAGGAGAAGAUGCAUAUUUUGGAAGUAACUGUGGCACAUAGUGAUAGCUUCUACUCAGGAAAACUGUGUCAGGCUACAAAAACAAGGGUACUUAUCUGGAGAGGUAGAGGAGAGCCAGUAGUGCCUGCAUAGACUACAUCCAACUCUUAGCCAGUUUCCUAAAUCCUUUUUCUUGAGCAUCAACACUGCCCAUUUUACAUCUCUAAGGGUGCUUACAGACAGCACCAAAUUGAAGGUUUUAGUGAGGGGCAAAAAAACCUGGGACCUGAGAAGAGGUUCACAUGCAGACUUUUUGGUCCCGGUAUUUCUGCCUUUGUCGUCCACACUUGCUUUCUCCUGGGAUUUUUUCGCCCCCAAGAUAGCCACCACAGGACGUCCACUGGACAUUUUGGCAUUAAAAAAACUUAAUAUGUGAAUAUGAGAAUCAUUGUAUAAGUUCCAUUCCUGGGUUAUAGAGGCUGUGUGGCCAUCUGUGCAGACAGGUUUGGCCAUGUCCUUGUGUCUGGGAACUAAGAGGUGCUUUUCCGAUUGCUUUUAUCGUAAAAAUGUGGGGAAAGUUGAUUACAUGGCAAAACCUUUGUGUGUCACAAACUUAAUUAAAUGUGUGGAGAACAAAGUUUCUCAUGCCAGGAUAAAGUUUUUGCCAUCUAGUCAACUGUUGCCAUGUUUUAAGGAUGCAACCAACCAGGAACCAACAGGUAUAACCCAGGAACAAACCAACAUUAAAAAUCCCAUAUUUUCUGAGUGCAGGGACAUAGAGAUUUGAAUAUCCGCAUUUUCCAGCCAGGACUAGGAUAUUCCCACACCUGAAAAUCUUGUGGAUUUCAGCCUUUGUUGCGAUUGCUCCUGCAUUUUCAGGGGACGUUCUUUGGCCACCCUCCAUUUUAAAGUGUGAGCUCCUGGGAGAAAGGUACUGUCUGGAUGGGCCCUAAGGUAGUAUGAGGUGGAAGAGUUACAGGUUUUUAUCUUAUGGUUGGAAAGGGGAGGGAAUGUUUGGGGGGGGGGGGAACACAGAUUGGUGACUAAUUCAUAUUUGCUCAUGAAGAAUUGAGAAAAUGCAAUCGCCUUGUUGUUCACUUUGAGAUGAUAUUGUCAGGGAAUUUUAGUGGUAGAAGUAAUGUGUUGCUUUUCACCUUCUUUUGCUUUCGUUGCUUAAUAUUUAAGCUUUGCUUCAUGUUACCUUUUAUGUCUGUAUACUGUGUCACGAGGCCGCUUUCAUUUGGUAGACUUUAAUAAGGAGAAAUGAUUCAACCUUUAUAGUUUGCUUGGAAUUAAAUGUUCAAGAAUGUUGUAUGCCAUCUAUUCAAAUAAAGCCUUGAUUUUUUUCUCUCUCUCUGCACUUUUAAAAAGUUAUA